GAUAACGUUGUUGACAGGACUGCUAAAUCGAAAGCUAUGCUGCUGGGAUGACAGAAUCGUGUUCUUAUCGCAGGGUGCGGGCCGGUAGUGUUCAUGAUUUGACAGAAGGUGCCUUCAGCUUUUCUCCAGAUUUGCAUUUCACCUGUAGACAUGGACUACUGUCAAGUCACCUUUACAGUAAGGGGAGCAACAUCUCCAGGUGAAUUUAUAGCAGUGGUUGGCAGCUGUGGGACUCUUGGGGGUUGGUGUCCACAGAAAGCGGUGACUCUGCUGCCUGAUGAGGAUGAUGGAACUUUGUGGAAAAGAACAGUCAGUAUUCCAGAAGGGACCCUCUCUAAUUAUCGCUAUUUUAAAGGCUUUUUCCUAGAAUCCAAGAAUGCAGGUGAUCCAUGUCAAGUGAUAGUCAGUAAGUGGGAGACCCAUCAACAUCCACGAGCAUUGAACACUUCAGAACUGGAGCUAGUAGUCGAUGAUGGACAUUUUGGUUUUUACAAUGACAUGGAGUGUGUAGAUUCUGGGUGGCUGACAUGUCAGACGGAAAUUCGCCUUCGCCUUCAUUAUUCUGAGAAAUCUCCACUAUUUAUUACAAAAAAGAAGUUUAAAAAAUCAAGAUUCAGGCUGAAACUGACAUUGGAGGGCUUUGAGGAAGAUGAUGAAGAUGAGCAGAGUCCUACCUCUUGGAACAAAAUGACAACCACACUGGAGAUCAGUCUGAUCAGCAGUAAUGGGUAUAAAUCCCGUCAUUCUCAGCCAGAUUGUGGGUAUGCACUAGAGCCAAGCCAAUGGACAGAGUACAGUAUUCAUACCAUGGACCCAGACAACUUGGAGCUAACCUUUGAGUUCUUCGAGGAGGAUCUAAGUGAGAAAGUAGUUCAAGGAGAUGUGCAUCCUGGUCAUGUGGGCACGGCCUGUUUAUUGUCUUCCUCUUUUGUGGAAAGUGGCAAAGACACUGGAAUCGUCACGCUUCCUAUAAUGGGCAGAAACUCUAGGCAGACCAUCGGAAAAGUCAGAGUGGACUACAUUGUAAUUAGACCAAUUAAGGAUUUCAUGUGUGAUAUGAUUUCUUCAUAUACAAAAUACUGGAAAAAGAGGAGCACUUUGGAUGUAGGACACAGAGGAUCAGGGAGUUCACACACUGCUAAGCAUACAAAAAUCAGGGAAAAUACAAUUGCUUCCUUCAAAAGUGCUGCCAGUCAUGGUGUUGCCUAUGUGGAAUUUGAUGUACACCUUUCAAAGGAUUAUAUUCCAGUUGUGUACCAUGAUCUUACCUGUUGCAUUUCAAUGAAAAAGAAAAAUGACAAACAAUCAUUAGAAUUAUUUGAAGUUCCUGUGAAGGAUUUGACCUUUGAUCAGCUUCAGUUAUUAAAGUUGGCUCAUGUGACUGCAAUGAAGGUGAAUGACCAUAAAGAUUCUGAAGAGGAGGAGUACAUUGCUGAGCACCAGCCUUUUCCUUCACUUCAACAAAUCUUUCAAGCUGUGCCAGACCAUGUAGGGUUCAACAUUGAACUGAAGUGGCUCACACAGCUAAAAGAUGGUUCCUGGGAAGGAAAUCUCUCAACAUACUUUGAUAUGAACCUCUUUCUUGAUAUUAUUCUGAAGUGUGUCCUCCAGAAUGCUGGGAAAAGAAGAGUAGUUUUUUCAUCUUUUGAUCCUGACAUUUGCACAAUGGUACGGCAAAAGCAAAAUAAAUACCCUAUACUCUUCCUGACUCAAGGCGUCUCUGAAAUCUACCCAGAUCUAAUGGAUUUUAGGUGUCGGACAACCUCAAUUGCAAUCAGUUUUGCACAGAGUGAAGAUCUUUUGGGGAUAAGCGCAAACAUUGAGGAUUUGCUGAAAAACAUGGAUUACAUUAAGGAAGCACAGUCGAAAGGAUUGGUGGUUUUCUGUUGGGGAGAUGACACCAACAAUCAUGAAAACAGGAGAAAACUCAGAGAGCAUGGAAUUGAUGGGAUAAUUUAUGACAAGAUCGGCGAUGACCAGCUCGAACAGCCGAAUAUCUUCAAAGUAGAGGAGCAGGUGUCUCUAAAGGAGGUGAUCCCAGAAGAGACAUUAAAAAGCUGUGCCUGUUCCACAUACAGUAUUCCCUGUUCGUCUGUGCCCUGCCCUGGAACAGGUGAAGCUGGCAGCACUGAGUCAGAUUCCGGUCUCAGCUCUUCUUAAAAUGUCACUCCGCUCAAUUCCAGUCAGCUUCUUCCCUUUUUGCUCCUGAAUGAUGUAAAAGUGUAGUGUUUGACAUUUUCAUUAGCCGGCGAGAAAUAAAUAUGUUUGCCAAAAACAAGUUGAUAAUAAACCUAUUGUUUCUGGCUGCUGUAUGUUAGGAAAUAGGCCAUAUAUCAGAAGAUGUAAGUAUUUGCUGGAAUGUACAAAACCUGUAAUAACUUAGAAUUUAAGAUCCAAUUUACUACAUUUUGCUGCUUUCUAAUACUAACACUGUUGUAAAUAAUCCAAUAAAGGCUAUUUGCAUCUUAAACAGUACUACUCCUAACCUUUAGUGUGUAUAUAUAGUUCAAUACAUGUUUUUUAAGUAUUCUUUUACCAAGACUUGAAGGGAAAGUUCAAGUGAAUAUAGUAUAUAGUUUCCCUAAACACAGCAACAUAGAGGCAAAACAGUUUGAGAACUGAAAUUCUAGUCUUUCAUUUUAUUUUUAUGUUUCAGAUUAAGCAUAGAUUGAUUUGAAAAUGCCAAUUCAUGUAAUAAGUAUUCUGUGGAAAAUAUUUAAUAUAAUAUUGUACAAUUUUAGUCCUUUCUUUUCAGUAUUGCUUUCAGUUACAGACUACUUUUUUUCUUAACAGGAUACAUUAAGAUUUGGAUU